AUGGACAGCCAGCCAGUGUCCCAGGUCAGCUCACUCACCUGUCCCAUGAGAGCAGUCACCAUGCUGUCAGGGCUAGAGAAGGCUACUGUUUCUCAAGUUCUCACAGGACAUCUCAGAGUAAUACUUGGAGAAUUGAAAGAAGAUUUCCCUUUUGAUGUAUCCAGGGACAAGUCAUACCAGGUUGCAAGAAAAAGAAUGCCAUUUCAGCUUGAGGAGAAAAACAGUUGGGCUUUCCCGGGACCUCCUCAGCUGCAAGAUGCUGGAGUACUCGUUUUGGCUAAAUAUGUGGACCAAUCACAAAGAAAAAUCUCAAGUGACCACCUGUCUGAAUCCAGCUCUCAAUCUAAGAAGCAAAGAAUAUUUCGAAAAUCUCUCUUUUCCAAGAUAUCGUGGAAACUCAGGCUCCGUAACCGGGAGCCCCUGAAGAAUAUGUUUUACCUCUUGGCAGAAAGCGCUCGGGAUUCUAACACCAAAAGACGUCACAUGGCAAUUAAAGGCUUAGGAAAUAUGGCUUAUGAAGCACCUGACAAGGUGAAAAAGUAUAAGAAGAUUUUGCUAGACUCACUGGUUCAUGGAUUGUAUGACCCUGUGAGUUCUGAGAUCAUAUAUGAGAGUGUGAAGGCACUGAUCAUUAUCCUGGGCAAGAUCAAGGGGAAAGGUCUGGGCUCCUUCUUCAUAGAUAUCACCCUCCAGACCAGGACUUUAUUAGAUGAUGAAAAUGACAGCUUGAGAUAUUCAGCAUUUAUCUUGUUUGGGCAACUGGCUGCCUUUGCUGGUUGGAAAUGGAAGAAAUUCUUCACCAGCCAGGUGAAAAGGACAAGGGACUCCCUCCUGGUCCACUUAAGGGAUGGAAACCCCCAAGUUGCCACGGUAAGACUAAAUAAAUAA